AUGGGAUCUACCGGCGAAGACCAGGCGGCCACCUUCGAUUACAUCAUCGCCGGUGGAGGAACUGCUGGUGUUGUGGUGGCCGCUCGCCUGAGUGAAGACCCUAGCAUAAAAGUCCUGCUCAUCGAAGCCGGAGCAGACCACAGCAAAGAUCCCCUGGUCCUCACACCGGGUCUAGUUGCCGGGGUAUACGGCAAGAAGGAGUACGACUGGAACUUUUCUUCUGUGCCCCAGCCCACCCUCCAUGGCCGGGCUAUCAACCAGGCACGUGGCCGCAUGCUAGGUGGCUGUUCUGGGAUCAACUUUAUGAUGGCCGUGUAUCCUAGUCGCGCCAUCCUCGACGCAUGGGGUGCCCUGGGCAACAAAGGAUGGUCCUUUGACGAGCUGGAGCCUUACUUCCGCAAAUUUGCCACCACGGAGCCGCCAUCGGCCUUGACGACCUCGACCUGCCGUGUCGCCGGCCACUACGAUGAUGCCAUCACACAGACCGAGACUGGCCCGCUGCAGAUCUCGUACGGCGAGGGACACAGUCCCAACAAUUCGGCCUGGUUCGACACCUUUGCCAACCUGGGCUUGCGCAUGACGUCCGACCCUCGAGGCGGAAGUGCUGUCGGUGCCUUCCAGAACACUGCCACCAUCGAUCCCAAGACCAAGACGCGCAGCUUUGCUGUCACUGCAUACCUGACCGAGAAGGUGCUUGCACGCACGAACCUUACGAUCUGGACCGAGGCCGUGGUGACAAAGAUCUUGCUGGAGUCACCAUCCGCCCACACGGCAGACCCAGAUGUCGUCGCGGUGGCCAAGGGUGUUCGUGUUCGCUCGGGCAACGGUGGCGAGACCGGCAAGGAGCGAGACGUCUUUGCGCGUGCCGAGGUGAUCCUGGCUGCGGGCACUCUACAAACCCCACAGCUGCUCGAGCUUUCGGGCAUCGGCGGCCGCGACAUUCUCGAAAAGCAUGCCAUCCCCGUCGUUGUCGACAACCCUAACGUCGGCGAGCAUCUGCAGGACCACGCGGUCGUCUGCCAGAGCUUUGAGGUUGCUCCUGGAACUCUGUCUGGUGACAUCUUGCGCGAUCCAGACCUUCUUAACGCCUUAGUCCAGCAGUACCAGACCGACGGCCAGGGCCCAAUGGGACAGAGCGCCAUCAGCUGUGCCUACGCACCUCUCCUCGACGCUGACGGCCCGCUCUCGGCCGAGGCACGCCAGGCGUUUUUUGACGCCCACAGUGACAGUGGUGAGGAGGAACAUGGCUUGGUGCGGAAGCUUCUGUCUGGUCCCGGCGAGCCGUCGGUGCAGUUUCUGCUCUUCCCAACGCAAGUCUCCAUCCGAAAGAACCCGUCGUCGAUGGCAGAGAUUAUCGUUCCGUCCCAGCCUGAGAACUACCUCACUAUCAUGAGUGUGCUCAACCAUCCGUUCUCGCGUGGCCAAGUCCACAUAACAUCUGGAAAUAUCGACGACCUUCCGGUGUGGGACCCUCACUACAAUUCCGAGAGCAUUGACAUGGAGAUCCUUGCACGAGCUGUGCGCUUUGUCGAGACCUUUGCCUACACUAAGCCCUUUGCUGGCCUUCUGAUGCCCCCCGGAGAGGGAAAGCGGAUGCCAGAUAUAUGUGCAGAUGAUCUGGACCAGGCACGCGAAAUUGUUCGCCAGGCGCAAAUAUCCAUAUUCCACGUCUGUGGCAGCUGUGUUAUGAAGCCAAAGGACAAAGGCGGUGUUGUCGACGGCAAACUGCGCGUCUAUGGGGUGUCAAACCUCCGUAUUGUCGACGCCAGCAUCUUCCCCAUCGAGCCACUUGGCAACAUCCAGACGACCGUCUAUGCCGUGGCCGAAAAGGCAGCUGAUAUCAUAAAGCAGGGCCGUCAGGGGCACUCCAGCAACUAG